UUCAGUCAGCGAUUUCUUUCCAUUCUUUCAGAGAUUUUGAGAUUUGUUUUUUCGUUUAAUAAGAUUAGACAAUAGCUAUGAAUUUAGAGAGUGAUAUCAAAGAAAGCAAACGAGUCGUUGAACCAGUUGAUGAUGAAGAUUGUGCGGUUUGUUUAGAGCCAUUGGCUAAUGAUGCUAAACGAACCGUGGUUAACCUUCAAUGUAGCCACAGGUUUCACUUAGAUCUAGACCCUCCAUAUCCGGAUAUCGAUGUUUUGCGUGAUCAACUAGAAAGAGAUGAUGAUAUAUUACUUGACAUGCCAACCAGGGUGGAGAGUGACGGUGUGCCUUAUUUUUUUCAUAGUGAUAUGGAUAGAAUCUUAACCAAUACAGGUAUGUUAAUUCCAAAUGUUCCGUACCAAAUCACUGAAAAUGGCAACACGAGGAUUAACCGAUGGCGUGAGUCGUGUAACACUACUUUGGACGCAAGGAUGCAGCGUCAGAUAGACGAACAUGUAGCCAUUAUUGUUGAUAGCGAACGUCGUUUACACGACAUGCUGUGUGAACUUUAUGGCUGUGAAAGAAGUGGUGGGGGAGGCGGUGAAAACAGCGGUGGGGAAGCGGUGGCGGAGGCGGGGGAAGCAGCAGAAGGGGCGGAAAUGACGGAAGAGUAGCAACGGAAAAUGGUGGUGAGUCCGUUGACAAAAGCAGAUGUUGUGGCUCGAAAAUAAUAUGGUUUAUGUGAU